AACACUCCCUGAGAUGGCCCAGUAUUUCUCAGAGUGUCCCACACUUGUGCUUUAUUCCCACAGUGGGACAGGCACAAAGGGGCCUGUGCUGCAUUUGAACUCUAGUCUUGCUAGAGUGUUUUCUAUAGAGAUACACUGCCAUUUUUCUCCAUUGCUCAGUAUAUCCCCACUGUCACAGAGACUUCAGAGCUGGGCUACAUCUACAGGACCCCCCGGGCCACAGAAUAAGAGCCCACACAUUUAUCUGAAGAGGACAAGACCACAGGAGGCUCAACCAAAGACGCUCUCAUAAGUCAGCAGUCAGACAGUAGUGCUGCCGUGGAGUGAUGGGGGACUGGAGUCUCUUAGGUAAUUUUCUGGAGGAGGUGCAGGAGCACUCCACGUCAAUAGGGAAGGUGUGGUUAACCGUGCUGUUCAUCUUCCGUAUCCUGGUGCUGGGCACGGCUGCAGAGUCAUCAUGGGGCGACGAGCAGUCUGACUUCAUGUGUGACACACUUCAACCCGGUUGCACCAAUGUCUGUUAUGACCGAGCUUUCCCUAUUGCCCAUAUCCGCUACUGGGUGCUACAGAUUGUCUUCGUAUCAACACCGUCUCUCAUCUACAUGGGCCAUGCCAUGCAUAUCGUUCGCAUAGAGGAGAAGCGGAAGCAGAGGGAGAUGGAGGAGAAGGGUGAGGAGGGAAAAGGAGAGAAGGAGUAUUUGGAACACAAAGAGAAAGCCGAAGAUACAAAGACAAAGUUCCACCUGAAGGGAGCGCUGCUGAAGACGUACAUCAUGAGUAUUGUAAUACGCUUGGUCAUGGAAGUGACCUUCAUUGUGAUCCAGUACAUGAUGUACGGCAUCUUUCUGGAUGCUCUUUAUGCUUGUAACAUGUCACCAUGCCCCAACCAAGUGAACUGCUACAUGUCCCGUCCGACAGAGAAAAAUGUCUUCAUUGUGUUCAUGCUGGUGGUGGCGGCUGUUUCACUGCUCCUCAGCGUGCUAGAGCUGUAUUACCUUGCAUGGAAACAGUGCAAGCAAUGUCUUAGACAAUACGCCACCAAACAUGUCAAUGACAUCAAACCCAAUAACAACAAAGUUGUUUCUGUUGUCCAACCUGGCAAGACAAGUAUUCCAAUGGAUCUGCCUGAGACUGCUCAGCCACAUCCCUCCCAAACCUGCACCCCACCCCCAGAUUUCAACCAGUGCCUAGCGUCAAGCCAAGGUCCAACAUCACCCCCACAUCUUCAUUCUCAUUCUCAUCAUCUUCAUCAAAUCCAUCAAGCCUGCCAGCCUUUCACCAACCACCUGGCCCACCAACAGAACUCUGUCAACAUGGCCACCGAGCGGCAUCAUCACAGCCAUGAUGACCUGGAGUCGGCUGAAGACUUCCUGCAGAUGAGCUAUGGGAGCCCUGAGGCUCAAGUCCCGGGUGAAAUGACAUCUAGCACCCCCUCCACACCAUCUUCCCAACCAGGAUUCUCCAAAGACAAGCGCCGGCUUAGCAAGACCAGUGGUACUAGUAGUAACCGGGUCAAACCAAGUGAUCUGGCCGUGUAGGUUGGGUUACAGGACGUCCCAGAGGAAGACAAUCUGGGUGAACUAGCCUUAAGAUGAGAGAUAUGGAUAUAAGGGGUGUGCAUGGUUGUGUGUGUAUAAGUAUGCCUGUGUGUUGGUACUAUGAGAUGGAAUAUUUCAUUCAUUUGGGCUUAAAUAACAUCAUAAAUCAAAGGAUAAUGGAUAAUGAGAGUAAGACAGAGAGAGAAUCUGUAUCAGAGCAUUUAAUCUGGUUUCAUUGAAACUGUUGUUGUAAUUGCUAAAAUGUAUGUAGAUUUUUAUAGGGUGGGAUCAAGUGAUCCUGAAUUAAAGCCUGUUGAUAUAACCGAAUGAAUGGAUGGAUGGAUGGAUGGAUGGAUGGAUGGAAGAUGAGGGGACUACUGAAAUAAAUUGGUGACAUUUACAAGAUAGCACUGGAUAGUUUUGCACAGUUUCAGAAUUGUUUUGAUUUACGUUUUUAUGGUCUGUGAUUCAAAACACUCCAAUCAAACACUGUUUUUGAACCAAAAAAGCAAUAAAGCACUUAAAACAUAUCUUAAAACAUACAGUAUCAAUAAAAAAGGGAGAAAAAAAGCACUUUGUACAGACUACUACAAAGAAGAAAAAACAUGUUGUGUGAUUUGUUUUUAAGGUUUAUGAAUUUUAUCAGCAAUAACAUGACUACAGAAGAGAGUUUAUGUGAGUAUGCUACAUAUUUACCGAAAUAUAUUUGAAAUAAGUAACACUGAAUUCUAUGAAGUGUAUUAUUUUAUAUAUUUUAUUGCAGUCAAGCAGGGAUACAAAUAUAUGUGAAUUAUUAACACAUGAGAGUUUGUUACAGUAAUGAGGCUGUACUAAACAGAGGAGCUCUCCAAUGAUUUUGAUAUUUAGCGGUCAAUGAUUUUGGCAUUAUAUAUACACUGUCUGGCCAAAAAAAGUCACUGUUAUACUUAAGAGUCUGUAACUGGAUCAUUAUUACUGUGAUUAUUAUGUUACUAGCAUGUUAUAUGUUUGGGAACAGUUCUUUUAACCCUAAUUAGGGUCAUAAAUUAAUGAGUGUUCUUAAACAACCAUGUAGGAAGACAUAUCAUGGCCAUAUUCCAGGAUGACAAAGCCAAGAUUUAUCUGGCUCAGAUUGUGAAAGAAUGGUUGGGAGGGACCAGCACAUCCCAAAGACUUUCAAUGAAUUUAAGGUCUGGACUCAGAGGUGACAAUUCAUGUGUGAAAAUGAUUCUUCAUGCUCCCUCCCAACCAUUCUUUCACAAUUUGAGCCUAAUGAAUCUCAGCUUUGUCAUCCUGGAAUAUAUGGUCAUGAUACAUCUUCCUACAUGGUUGUUUAAGAAAUGAAAAGCUAUACAGUCCAUCAGUUAGGGUUAAAAGAACCCAAACAUGUGCUCCCAAACAUAUAACAUGCUAAAAACAUAAAACUCCCAGCAAUAAUGAUUCAGUGAUAUAUAACCUUGCCAAAAUCCUCAAUAUUGACUGCUGUGUAUAUGAAUGUGCCUUGGAAAGAGUAGAUAAAAAAAUAGAAAAGAAGGCUAGGGAAAACAGAGCUUAAAAGAUUAGUCAUUUGAAUUUAGCAUAUGUAACUGCAUUACUAGUCCAAAGACAAUCAUUCUUAUUAUUCAAAUGCAAGGUUUGUUUUGAUCACUUUAGCACUUUCAUGGAUGUCUGCAAUAUAUGCCUAUGUCAUGUGAAGUAUUCAAAUAAUGUCAUAGGGUCAAUCAAGAUAUCUGUCAGAGGGUUCCAGGAUUCAGGAAAAUUAUUCACUGACCAUUCAAAUAUUAUUGUUCAGUCUCCUGAUGUAGUCAUCUCAAUUUCUUUUUUAUUUUUACAGUUAGGAACAAGACAUACAUUAUGACAGAGGAUUAGAGAUGGUCUAAGAAAUAUUUCUUUGACAGUUAAUGACAUCUGAGCUUUAUUUCACUUCAUUUCUCACAUUUGAUUGCAGUCACUGUGUCUCAUUUCCUCUGAUCCGUUUGCAGUACACAAUAAAACAAUAAAAAAAACCCAGCACAAAUAA